AUGUCAGAACCUACCAGGAACAGCUGCCAGCAACCCCGAAGAGUCAGCCAAAGGGCUAGCAGCGCGGAAGCAAGAGCUAGGAGAACAUCUCAGGAAGAAGCUGAAGGUCUUCGAGGGCAGCUCUCUGUCAUGAAAAGAGAGAGCCAUGUUCCUCGGGAGGGACGUGUGCUGCAGCUCCUGUGUGCAGUCUCCCACUGCCAUGUCUCCAAAGACACAGCUCUGGAGACUCAGAAAUCACUGACAAGUAAGAAGAGUGUGAUCAUCUUCAGUUCAGCAAGGGCACCACAGUGCUUCUCCUGCUCACAGAUUUUGUCUGUGUCCAGAAUUUCUGACCAGAGUCAGCAACUGAGUCCAAAUUGCUGCUGUGAGUGUUCACUUGCUUCUGUAAUCUCUACAUUAUCACAAUUAACGGAUUCUAAAUCCUUUACCCAAAUGGCUGCUCCACCAACCGGUGUGGUCAGCACUCAAAAUUACCAGACUGAAUGCUUGUACCUAGAGCAGGGAUCUCUGCUGCCAGAUGUGCCCAGGGACCCAGAGACUAGGUCUUCCUCAAGGAUUGAGGAGUUUGUGUUUCCUGUGAACCAGCUGGAGAUGAUAGAUGCCAGCUAUGAAUUUGUCCAGGAAAACCAAGACCAGCUGCCCUGGAAGUCCCAGGUUGCUCUGUUGUCUCUGAACACAGAGCUCACUCAUUUGACACAUGCUAUGUCUUUGCAUGUGGUCACUGUCCUCCCUGCCCACUUGCCAUUCCUCAGCCCUGAAGUCCUCAGGCUUCUCGAGGUCCAUAUGAAAAAGUGGGUGCAUUUCAAGAGGUAGGGACUCCCCAGAUGUGUGGACGAUUCCCUGAGGCAGCUUGUGCCACAGCCCCCAUUGCUUUGCCAGCCUGGAAACAGCCAACCAAUUCCUUUCACCAUGAUCAAUACUUCCGAUGCCUGUGUUGAAGCAACUGGGACCAUUGCCCACAAGGCCUGGGCUUCAUGGAUGGUCAGCCAGCCCACCCAGGCCUUCUGGGUCUCUGAAUGGUCUAUAAAGGACCCAGAACAAAGGCACCACUGCCAGAAAACCCCAAACUCUCUGGCUCUUGCUUUGCCCUCUCCAGCCCUCAAAGUCCUAAAUGAUCUCUAUCCACCACCUGGGAGACAGGCUGAAGGUUCAAGGAACCAUUUGAAGCAGCAGCAUAGCAAGCUCUUCUGUGGCCUCCCUUGUCCACACAGUGAGUCCCUAGUUGCCACAUUCAUGGGCUCUCAAGGCCUCUCCAUCGACAAGAGCACGGCCCAGCUCUGCUUGGACGUUCCUUUUCUCUUUGAUGAGCCCUCCUUCCUCCCCCUGCUGCCCAAUGAUCCACCCCUCUCAGCUCCACCCACCCCAAACUGGAUCUCCCCUCCUGACCAUCAAGGAAUCCAGAUCAAUCUCUCACUUCUGACUCUGGCUUAGUGUGAAGCCUUGAAGUAGCACUUGCUACAGAGACAGCUCCAGCUUAGGUGGGACUUGCCAGCUGUUUUCCAGAGAUCUCAGCAUGCCCAGCGCCCCAUGCCCUAAGAGUCCUGUGACACAGCCCCAUCUCCUGAGACCAGAGAAACUCCUUGGUCAGGGAAGCCCACCUCAGUCCUCUCGUGGCAACUACUCUUCUUUCCAGACCAUGUCCGGAGACUGCUGGAGUUCCACCUCCAGAAGAAGUUGAUUUACCAUCACUGGGGCUUGCCCCAGAAGAUUGAGCAGUCCUUCAAGUUGCUCCUGUCCCAUGCUGACCAGCAGCCCCUGCCCUGGAGCAGCACAGCCUUGGACAAUGUGAACAUUCUCCAGUCUGCAACCCCAGAGGCCAAGGGGAUUAGUGACCUGUUCUCACCUACCUUAGCCCCAGUGUUACUCCCCAUGCCACAGUUGCUUAUCCAAGCCAAAGCAAUACUUCAGAGCCACAUCAACUCCAAAUGUUGGCAGAUCUGCCAAGGCAUUUUCCCAGCCCAUGCGUGUAUCUCCAGGGACUUCAGAAUUCCUGGGAGCCUGGCAGUUACUCCCUUCCUCCACAUUCCAGAGCUACAGGCAGCAACUGAUCCUCACUUCGAUCAGGAAGUUGUGUCCCAGAGGCCAACAGCCACUGAUCAGCAGACCUCACCAGUGGCUCUCAUUGAGCACACUCAGCCAUCCCAAUCCCUAUCUGAGGGAGACAUUCAGAAACUGAAAAUGACUUUGCAGCACAAUUACCUGGCCUUCCUGUCAGGGCUACCUGCUCUCUACUAUAUGGCUUUCUCUAAGGCCACGGUCCUGUCCAUCACCAGCCAAUCCUCUGUACUGAGCCUUUCAAAAUCCCAGCAGAGCCCCUGA